CAGCUUGAGUCAGUUGUGUGGAGGUGGCAGCGGCAGCAGCUCCGGCACACCGGCACGGCGGGCACACCGGCACACCGGGCACACUGGGCACACCGGCACGGCGGGCACGCCCCGAGCCAGCCCCUGCCCUGCCGUGUCCCAGCCCAGGCCACCAGCACCCAGGGCCCCGCGGAGCCAUCGGGACUGGAACCGACCACCCCACCUCGGAGGGUGGCCCGGGGCCCCUCUGCCCCACGCCUGUCCUGCCACCGGGACCGUGCCCCGGGCAUGACGGGCACCUGCCCGGCUCCCUGACGGCGCCCGAGGCCGCGGCCGCCCCGCUCGCCCCCCAUGCCCUUCGCCCACGGGGCCGCCGGUGCCCGGCCGCGCCCGGCCGGCAUGGGCGGCGUGCCCGAGCCGUGCCCGCAGGCCCCGCUGGCCGUGCUGUCCAAGGUGGAGCUGCGGGUCAGCUGUAAACACCUCCUGGACCGCGACACCCUCAACAAGUCGGACCCCUGCGUCCUGCUGCUGAUGCAGUCCCAGGGCCAGUGGAUGGAGGUGGAUCGCAGCGAGGUGAUCAAGAGCAACCUGAACCCCGUCUUCGCCAAGAUCUUCACGGUCGAUUACUACUUCGAGGAGGUGCAGAAGCUGCGCUUCGAGGUGUACGACAGCCACGGCCAGGCCGGCGUGGGCACGCACGACGACGACUUCCUGGGGGGCACGGAGUGCACCGUGGGGCAGAUCGUGGCGCAGAAACGGGUGACGAAGCCGCUGUUCCUCAAGUACGGGAAGUUCGCGGGCAAGUCCACGAUCACGAUCAUCUCGGAGGAGAUCUCGGGGAACAACGGCUACGUGGAGCUCGCCUUCCGCGCCAAGAAACUGGACGACAAGGACCUCUUCAGCAAGUCAGAUCCCUUCCUGGAGAUCUACCGCAUCGACGACGACCGCAGCGAGCAGCUGGUGUACCGCACCGAGGUGGUGAAGAACAACCUCAGCCCCAUCUGGGAGCCCUUCAAAGUCUCCCUCAACUCGCUCUGCAGCUGUGAGGAGAAGAGGAAGCUGAGGUGCGUGGUGUGGGACUACGACUCGCGGGGCAAGCACGACUUCAUCGGGGAGUUCUUCACCACCUUCGAGGAGAUGCAGAAGGCGAUGGGGGAGAACAAGGUGCAGUGGGACUGCAUGAACCCCAAGUACAAGAUCAAGAAGCGCAACUAUAAGAAUUCGGGGGUCGUGGUGCUGCUGGACCUGAAGAUCCACAGGGUUUACUCCUUCCUGGAUUACAUCAUGGGCGGCUGCCAGAUCCAUUUCACGGUGGCCAUCGACUUCACGGCCUCCAACGGGGACCCCCGGAACAGCUGCUCCCUGCACUACAUCAACCCCUACCAGCCCAACGAGUACCUCAAGGCACUGGUGGCCGUGGGCGAGAUCUGCCAGGACUACGACAGCGAUAAGAAAUUCUCAGCUCUGGGCUUCGGUGCCAGGAUCCCCCCCAAGUACGAGGUCUCCCACGACUUCGCCAUCAACUUCAACCCCGACAACGAUGAGUGUGAGGGCAUCCAGGGCGUGGUGGAGUCCUACCAGAGCUGCCUGCCCAAGAUCCAGCUCUACGGCCCCACCAACGUGGCCCCCAUCAUCUCCAAGGUGGCUCGCGUGGCAGCCGACGAGGAGCGGACCAAGGAGGCGUCGCAAUAUUUCAUCCUGCUGAUCCUGACGGACGGCGUGGUGACGGACAUGGCGGACACGCGCGAGGCCAUCGUCCGCGCCUCCUACCUGCCCAUGUCCAUCAUCAUCGUCGGCGUGGGCAACGCCGACUUCACCGACAUGCAGAUCCUGGACGGGGACGAUGGUGUCCUGCGCUCCCCCAAGGGCGAGCCCGUCCUGCGCGACAUCGUCCAGUUCGUCCCGUUCCGCGAGUUCAAGAACGCGUCGCCCACAGCCCUGGCCAAGUGCGUGCUGGCGGAGGUGCCCAAGCAGGUGGUGGAGUACUACAGCUACAAAGCGUUCCCCCCGCGCUGCCCCCGACCCCCCAGCCCCGAGCCCAGCCUGGGCUCCCCCCACUGAGGGACCCCCCCAGCUCCAACCUCGCCUUUCCCCACUGAGGGACCCCCCAGCCCCAACCUCGCCUUUCCCCACUGAGGGACCCCCGCGCCCCAACCUCGCCUUUCCCCACUGAGGGACCCCCGAGCCCCGAGCCCAGCCUCGGCUCCCCCCGUGAGACACCCCCAGUGCCCCCCAGCUUUGGGUUGCCCCAGUGAACCCCCGGUCCCAACGUGCCCCAGCGAGACCCCCGCUCUGUCCCGGUGGCCUGGGGACUCACGGGGUCCCCGCCAGGCCCUGCCCUGCCACAGCCCCCCCGGCUGGGACAUGGGGACACCCCGGCCCCCCCAGCACUGCCCAACCCCGCUGGUCUGCGCCUGUGGCCCGGACCCCCCCCCGCUGUCCCCUCGGUCCCCUUGGUCCCCGCUUCUCUGUCACCGCGGUGUUUGGAGGCUGCAUGAUCCCCCCAAUAAAGCACCACCCCCGUGCCCA